AUGACUUCAUCUCAAAAUAAUAACAAGAAACGACAACCAUAUUCUUUUGCAUGGUUUAGACAUGGAUGCUGCGUUCCCACAACGUCCGUCGUAUGGAUGAUCGUCGUUCUCUUUAUAUUCGCUAUGAUAACUGUUGUUUUUUGUUGCCUGGCUAUGUUCGUUGUAAGAUGGAUGUAUAAACGACGUAUACGAAAGAAAUCUGAAAGUUUACGAACACGAUAUACAAAAGAGGAUAACGUACGAAGGGAAUUGGAAAUGAGACUGAAAGAAAUCGCUUUACGACCAAUCCAAACUCGCCAUUUUCAUCCAUGCGGAGAUCCAGGACACGGUCCUCCAGUAGCGGAUGCGCAACGACCGAGUAGUUCUGAAGGAUACGCAGAAAAUGUUCCUCCAAAACAAGUUCCCAGAUCAGAUGCGCGUGAAAUUCAGGCUGGUGGUUCAGUUCCAGAAUUUACUACUGACGAUCUCAGAAAACGUGGUCUAUUCACCGGAUCAACACCGUUAACCAGCACUCAACAAGCACUAGUACCUGAUAGUUCUGGACAUGGUAGUACAACUGGGCAAAGUAGUAGUGAAAAAUUAGGAACAUAUCCUAAAUGUGUGAAAGAUCAUGUAGAAACAAGCACUACACAUCCAACAAUUUCCACUAGCACAGCAACAACAACUAAGGGAUCGUCCACGUUGGUGGAAGAAGUCCAAAUAGAUCCAUUUGACGUAGCCACCACAGUUCAUACUGUUGCCAAAAAUUAUCGAGGUCGAAUGGAUCGCUCACCGACACCACCAACACCUGGAUUUGUUCUUGUUUCGAGGAAACCUAAAAAUAAUGAAAAAGAAUGUACAAGCGAUAUUCUAGUGCCACCUGGCACUGCCAGUCGUACUUCGACCAUGACAACUACUACCAAAACAACCAGCACUGGAGUGACAUCAACAACAACGGGAACUACGCUUCCGUCGUCCACAACUAAAAAGAGAUCAGCCAGUGAAACUGAAACAACUCCAUGGGCUCUUCGCGAAUGUGAUACAGGGAAAAAACGUUGGAAAUCACCACAAACGGGAGAUGCCGUGAAAGUUAUAGAGAUAACUCCAAGUCAAGCACCAACAUGUUCCACAUCAUAUUUCCCAUAUUGGACGGCACAGAAGACCGUAUCGACAAGCGUUGAACCGAAUGUGUCACCAUCCGGACGAGCUCGUGGGACAAAAGUUGCGACAUCGGAGACUAGUUCAUGGAUGCCGUAUGGUACAAGCAGACAGAUCAGUAGCCAGUUCACAUCCACCACGUCUCCCAGAGAUACUACGAGAUGUUCUUCUCGUCCCGAAUUUUCUCCUCGCCCACGCGAUGUUUACGAACUUCGUCGAGAGCUGGAUCGUUUACGUACUAAUGAAAUCUCACGAGGAAUGAAGGAAUUGCUGGAAGAAGCACAUAAAUACCCAUGGGAGUCUUCAAAACCACCAUCCCUUCAAGUCUCAAGUGAUCCGGUUCGAUCUUCUCCACGUCAUGACGAGGCGGUCUCCACACCCGUACCGGCAGAACCUGCAUCAACGUAUCCGAGCACGUUUGCAGCGUUAAGAGCUGCGUUUCAAAGGAGUGGGGGUACAUCGAUAGAGAGCCAAAGUGGGAUAGGUGGCAAUAAUUGA